AUGUCUUCGUCAAACCGUAUACCAGACAUCUAUGGCCCAGGAACCUACACCGACACGACCUUCACACCAGUUCCCAAAGAUACAGCUCGCAUCUUCCACCUCCUCGCCUCCCAAACCCCCACCUUCACCAAAGAUGAAGCUUUCCUCUCCAAAGUCAGGUUCACGGGAGAGGACUUCCCCGUGAUCCCCGGUCCUAUCAAAGCCACAUCCGUAGCAGCAGCCCUCCAUGCUAUGUGCGGCGUCGUCGCAGAUGAGAUCCUCUCGCUCCGUGGCGCACAAGACCUAAACCGUAGCAUCACUGUGAACACCACGCACACAGCGCUGUGGUUCGGCGCCGUCGCGGCCGCUUACCUGGGCGGCGAGGAUGUCCUGACGCUAGCUGGAAAAGGCGAGUUGAAGAAGGUGCUUCCGGACUGGGAACGCGGAUGGGUGGACACGCCGCUCAAAUAUCGCGCAACGGGGCUGUAUCCGACUAGAGACCCUGAGACGUGGUACUCGCUGCACGGCAGUAUGAACGCAGAGCCUGUGCUUCGGUCUAUCGGGCUUGAUCCAGCUACCAAAGUUGGCUCCAACGAGGAGGCUGCUGCGAUGAUCGCAGGGCAUACCAAGAGAUUUCUGCCUGCCGAGCUCGAAAUGAAUAACCUCAUGAACGGUUUUUGUGGCUCGGUGUGCUUCAGCCCGAAGCAGUGGAACGAGAGCAGCAUGGGGAAGAGUCUGGCGGAACAUCCGCUUGUGGAUGUCGAGCAGCAGACGCAUGCUGUACCUACAGCUCCGGUGGCGUUCCCUCCACUCACAGCUGGAGAUCUCAGACCUCUGGCUGGUGUGAAGGUCAUCGAGAUGACCCGCGUUAUCGCCGGACCGCAAAUCGGCACUAUCCUCACAUCUCUCGGUGCGGACGUCAUCAGACUUAACCCGCCGCACCUCACAGACAUCAACAUCUUGCAGCUCACUCUCAACGCUGGUAAACGCACCACAACCGUGGACCUCCGCAAGCCCGAAGAUCGUGCGCAAUUGCUUCAGCUCCUCUCGGACGCCGACGUCUUCGUGCAGGGUUUCCGCCUCGGCAAGAUGAAGAAAUUUGGCCUCGGGCUCGAGGAAAUGCUCGAGAUGGCAGGUAAACGCGACAAGGGCAUCGUCUACGUAUCCGAGAACUGCUAUGGACGUGAGGGACUAUAUCGCGAGCGUCCAGGGUGGCAGCAAAUUGCCGAUGCUGCGGCGGGUUCCGCGUAUGUGACUGGCAAGGCGCUGGAACUGACGCAGAACCUACCUGCAAAUGAGGCUGUCUUGCCUAGUUUGCCUAUUUCUGAUAUGUCGACUGGUGUCUUGGGCGCAUUGGGAACACUGAUCGCCCUGCGCGAUCGCGCCAUCAAAGGUGGGAGCUACUCUGUUCAUGCGAGCUUGACGGGCGUGGAUGCGUACGCGCUGAGGCAAGACGUGGGGUUGUACCCCGUUUCCAUCGUGCAAGAAUGCCAAGAGAGGUUCCAGUGGCAGAGUAUGCGUGGAUCACAUCAUGUGCUAGAUAUUCUCGUCACGGUAUGGAAGGGGUGGAAGAAGGUCCUUGGGAACUACCUAAACGAAGACAGCUGCUGGUUCCAGUCUUUCUCCGAGAGUGCUUUUGAUGGGAAGAUGUUGUCAAUUCUGAAGCCAGUGGCGCAGAUUGCGGGCGCCGAGACGGAGUGGAAGGCGCCGAGUGUGCCGUAUGGAUCGGAGAGGCUGGCCGACUUGGCUUGGUAA